AUGGCAGGGGUUGUUGGUGGGGCAUUUCUUUCGUCUGUCUUUCAAGUGAUUCGAGAGAGGUUGGCUUCUCAAGAUUUCAGAGACUACUUCCAUGAAAGGCUGUGGAAAAAACUUGAAAUCACACUAGAUUCUAUCAAUGAAGUACUGGAUGAUGCAGAUAUAAAGGAGUACCAACACCGAAACGUGAAGAAUUGGCUUGAUGAUCUCAAACAUGAUGUAUACGAAUUAGAGCAACUAUUCGAUGUGAUUGCUACUGAUGCACGAUCAAAGGGAAAGAUGCGACGCUAUCUUUCACUUUUUAUUAAGCGAGGAUUUGAAGAUAGGAUUGAAGCAUUGAUACAGAACCUAGAGUUUCUUGCUGAUCAAAAGGAUAGAUUGGGACUUAACAAAUUUACUAGUGGUGAUUGUGAAAUUGGAGUCUUGAAAUUGUUAAGAGAAUUUAGAGCUGUAUCGAAAAGUUGUAAUGACAUAUUUGUUGGUAAAGAUGGUAGAGUCAUCCCCCGGAUAUUACCAACUGCACCUUUGAUGGAUAAAUCUGCGGUGUAUGGUAGGGAGCAUGAGAUAGAGGAAAUGACUGAAUUUUUACUUUCAGACAGUUACAGUGAAACCUUUGUACCCAUAAUCAGUAUAGUGGGUGUGAUUGGGAUGGGUAAGACAACCAUUGCCCGACUUGUUUACAACGACCACAAGAUACAUGAGCAAUUUGAACUUAAAGCUUGGGUCUAUGUUUCAGAAUCUUUUGAUCUUGUUCAUCUCACCCAAGCAAUUCUCAGGGAAUUUCAUUCUUCAGAAACGUAUAGUGAAGACAUGGAAAUACUCCAACGUCAAUUGCAACAGAGACUAGCUGGCAAGAAGUACUUGCUUGUUUUAGACAAUAUCUGGAACGAGAAUGUGGAAUGUAGGAAGAAGCUACUACUUCCAUUUAGCAAUGGAUCCUCUGGAAGUAAGCUUAUCGUGAGGACGCCUCACAAUGAAGUAGCAUCAAUCAUGGCAUCCACCCGGCUACUUCGUUUAAAUCAAUUGAAUGAGAGUGACUCUUGGAGCUUAUUUGUGCAUCAUGCUUUUUUGGGCAAGAAUAUAUUUGAAUAUCCAAAUCUCGAGUCGAUCGGCAAGAAAAUAGUAGAAAAGUGUGGGGGGUUGCCUUUAGCUCUAGAAACAUUGGGGCAAUUAUUGCAAAACAAAUUCUGUGAAACUGAAUGGAUUAAAAUAUUGGAGACUGAUAUGUGGCGUUUAUCAGACGGGGACAACAUUAACCCCAUACUGAGAUUGAAUUACCUUAACCUCCCUUCCAAUCUGAAGCGUUGUUUUGCUUAUUGUUCUAUAUUUCCAAAGGGCUAUGAGUUUGAGAAGCGUGGGUUAAUCAAGCUUUGGAUGGCAGAAGGCUUGCUAAAGUGUUGGGGAAGAGACAAAACUGAAGAACAGUUGGGUAAUGAAUUCUUCAAUUAUCUAGUGUCAAUAUCGUUUUUCCAACAAUCAGUAACUAUGCCUUUAUGGGCUGGUAAAUACUACUUCAUCAUGAACGAUCUUGUCAAUGAUUUAGCAAAAUCAGUGUCGGGAGAAUUCUGCUUAAGAAUAGAGGAUGGUAAUGUGCAAGAAAUCCCUAAAAGGACGCGUCACAUUUGGUGCUGCCUUGAUUUGGAAGAUGGUGAUAGAAAACUAGAUCAUAUUCAUAAAAUUAAGGGACUGCACAGUCUGAUGGUAGAAGCGCAGGGUUGUGGUGACCAACGCUUUAAGAUAAGCCCCAGUGUACAGAAAAUUUUGUUUUCAAGACUAAAAUAUUUGCAGGUGUUGUCCCUCUCUGGUUGCAAUCUCGUAGAGCUAGCCGAUGAGAUAAGAAAUUUAAAGCUUCUGCGCUAUCUAGACCUUUCUCACACUGAGAUUGCAAGCUUACCCAAUUCCAUUUGUAUGCUGUAUAAUUUGCAGACACUCUUGUUGGAACAAUGUUUCAGAUUGGCUGAGCUGCCUUCAGAUUUUUGCAAACUCAUCAAUUUACGUCAUCUUAAUCUAAACGGCACUCAUAUUAAGAAGAUGCCACCGAAUAUAAGUAGGUUAAAAAAUAUUGAGAUGCUGACUGAUUUUGUUGUGGGAGAGCAGCGUGGAUUUGACAUUAAACAGUUGGCGGAACUCAACCAUCUUCAACGAAGGCUUCAAAUUUCAGGGUUGAAUAAUGUCAUCGAUCCCGCUGAUGCUGUGGCAGCAAAUUUGGAAGAUAAAGAACAUUUAGAAGAAUUAAGCGUAUCAUAUGAUGAAUGGAGAGAAAUGGAUGGAUCAGUAACUGAAGCACAUGUCUCUGUCUUAGAGGCUCUCCAACCAAAUAGAAACCUCAUGAGGCUAACCAUCAAAGACUACAGAGGCAGUAGCUUUCCAAAUUGGCUUGGCGAUUAUCAUUUACCCAAUUUAGUUACUCUUGAAUUGUUGGGAUGUAAACUUUGUUCCCAGUUACCAUCACUUGGGCAGUUCCACUCUCUCAAGAAGCUUUCCAUUUCAGGCUGCGAUGGAAUAGAGAUUAUUGGUGCAGAGAUUUGUGGCUAUAAUUCAUCAAAUGUUUCAUUUAGAUCUCUUGAAACUUUGCGAUUUGAGCACAUGUCAGAAUGGAAGGAAUGGUUAUGUCUUGAAUGUUUCCCUUUGCUUCGAGAGCUUUGUAUAAAACAUUGUCCGAAGUUGAAAAGUUCCCUGCCUCAACACCUUCCUUCUUUGCAAAAAUUGGAGAUUAUUGAUUGCCAAGAGUUGCAGGCUUCAAUUCCCAAGGCUGAUAAUAUCAGUGACCUAGAACUAAAGAGAUGUGAUGGCAUUUUAAUAAAUGAAUUGCCAUCUAGCUUGAAAAGGGUCAUCCUUUGUGGGUCUUGGGUCAUUGAAUCCACCCUAGAGAAAAUUUUAUUUAACAGCGCUUUUCUUGAAAAGUUGGAAGUUGAAGACUUCUUUGGUCCAAAUUUAGAAUGGUCCUCUUCGGAUAUGUGUAGCUGUAAUUCUCUUCGCAGUCUAACUAUAACAGGUUGGCACUCUUCCUAUUUGCCUUUUGCACUGCACUUGUUCACCAAUCUUCAUUUUCUCAUGUUGUAUGAUAGUCCAUGGCUAGAAUUGUUUUCCGGGAGGCAGCUGCCCUCCAAUCUAUGCAGCCUCCGAGUAGAAAGAUGUCCUAAAUUGAUGGCUUCGAGAGAGGAGUGGGGUUUGUUCCAACUCAAAUCUCUAAAACAAUUAUGUGUUAGUGAUGAUUUUGAAAUCUUGGAGUCCUUUCCGGAGGAGAGUCUGCUGCCAUCAACUAUUACAUCUCUUGAGUUAAAAAAUUGUUCCAACCUAAGAAGAAUAAACUACAAGGGUCUUUUUGAACAGAAAACAGCAUGGACAAUAUAUUCAAUAUUAGAUAGCAAGUAUGAGUACUCUUUGUAUGCACCUUUUAAUUAA